CAUCAUCCAAUGUCCCUUCAUCACGAUACUCUCUUAAAAGCAUCACUUGCCGUGCCUUCGAGGAGCGCAGAGCUCUUGUCUCUGACCGUUCUAAGUCUUUAGUUCACUCCUAGCCUACACCCGUCAUAUGCCAACCUAACGGAGUAUCCCAAACAAACUCUCUUUCCAGGGAGCAAACACAUCAUGUUCAAAAAGUUCAAGACCAAACUCCAGGAAAGAGUACCUAACGGGUCUGCUGGGUUUCAGGAUGUACAAUCGCAAUUUCAAUCCAGCAGUUCCCAAUAUACACCUCCCUCGAACCAAGAAACAAAGUCUGGGGAGAAAUACGAACCCCCUCCGGGGCCCCCUCCAGGCCACGGCGGGUCUAGCUCACACUACGUACCUCCUCCGGGGCCUCCACCUGGACACAGUGGGUCCAACUCUGAGUAUGCUCCUCCUCCAGGCCCACCGCCGUCCCACUAUCCGCAACAGCCUCCGCCAAGUUGGGAACCGCCUCCCUAUCAUGACUGGACUGUGAUUCCAGACAACUCAGUCUUACCGCCGCCGCCCUCGAUAGGAUAUGAUAGCUCUCCAACCGCAAAUGCAAGUGAACAAGAUGGUGAACGAGCCUACAAGUGGACGCUCAAGAACCCUCUAUGGCAACCACAGAAUCUCACCCCAGCUCAGCACUUGGCAAUUCAGAACAGUCAAUUGGCUUUACUAAAAGCACCAACUUACAUCGGUGACCUCUUGCCGCAGAAACAGCCUGGCCACUGGAAAUGUCGAACGCAUGCAAAGUGCAAAGAUGCCUGUCUCCUGACAAGUCUACCCGCUUACUCUGUGAUGUGGGAUUCACCACUUCGUACCCAGAAGCCAAAGACGAUUUAUUUCGAGCUCAAGGUUACCGGAAUAGGCCGUGGCGGUCACUCGCUCGAAGAGGCAGACGCAGGCAUUGCGAUCGGCUACGUGGCGCCUCCAUAUCCGACAUUCAGGCUGCCUGGAUGGCAGCGAGGAAGUCUUGGUGUUCAUGGCGACGAUGGCCGUAGAUAUGUCAAUGACACAUAUGGUGGAACGGACUUUACAACGGCGUUCCAGCCAGAUGAUGUUGUCGGCAUUGGUAUCACAUUUGCGCCACCAAAAAAUCCACCAUCGUAUGACGAGUCACAGCAAGGAAUGGUCCUUGACAUCGACGUCUUCUUCACUCGGAAUGGGGUUAAAGCUGGUGGUUGGGAUGGCAAUGAGGAGCUUGAUCAAAGAAGCGAAGGUGGCACAAUUGGACUAAGGGGAGAAUGUGAUCUUUUCCCCGCGAUUGGAGUAUUUGGUGGGGUUGACUUUGAGGUCUACUUCAGUCCGGAGAACUGGCUUUACAAUCCUUAUUGAUACAGCGCUCGUGUCACGUACAGAGUUUCUCAAAGGGAGUAAUGCUAAAUGUGGUGGAUCUUCAGGCCCGUCGCUCUUCUUUUGUAGCAGUUAUCGACUUAUAGGUUCAUAUAUAUCUCCCAAGGUAAUAGGACACAAUUUCUAUG